AGGCACCGGAAGUGAGGUAAAAGCUGCCCCGGCGCAGUGGACUGUGGGACAUCGUGCCAUAUUGACACGAUAGAAAUGGACGCGGGGUUUUUCCGCGGCACCAGUGCGGAGCAGGAUAACCGUUUCAGCAACAAACAUAAGAAGCUGUUGAAGCAACUCAAGUUUGCAGAAUGUCUGGAGAAGAAGGUGGAUAUGACCAAGGUCAACCUGGAAGUCGUGAAGCCCUGGAUAACCCAGCGAGUGACGGAGAUCCUUGGCUUUGAGGAUGAUGUUGUCAUCGAAUUUGUCUUCAACCAGCUUGAGGAAAAGAAUCCUGAUGGUAAGAUGAUGCAGAUUAAUUUGACCGGGUUUCUGAAUGGGAAAAAUGCUCGGGAGUUCAUGAAGGACCUCUGGCCGCUGUUACUAAGUGCCCAGGAGAACAUUGCUGGUAUCCCGUCUGCCUUCCUGGAGCAGAAGAAAGAGGAGAUCAAACAGAGACAGAUUGAACAGGAGAAACUUGCCUCUCUGAAAAAAAUAGAUGAAGAUAAAAGAGAGAAGGAGAGCAAAGAAAGAGCUCAGUCGAAAAGCCCUAAAAGGAGGAAGUCCCGCUCACCUGUGAAGCGUGACCGUAAGUCUAGUCCCUCUCGAUCUCCUCGCCGAAAACCGAGCCCGGCAGCCUCACCGCCUUCCAGUCCGCCCAACCAUAAAGAAGAACCAAAGCAAGAACCGGACCAAUCAGAGAGCUCCAAACCAGAGCCGCUUGUUCAGGAGGCUUCCUCUACUAGUGAUCUUGUGGGUGAUGUGAAGCCGGACUCUGUGUCUGAGGCUGUGAAAGAGUCAUCUCCAGAUAAAACAUCCAAAUCGGAAGACAGGCCCAAACCCAGAGAGAGGGACAGAGAGAAGGAUGGACGUAGAGAUCGCCCACGUCAACGCUCUCGUUCACCUCGCUCUCGUAGACGACCUCGAUCCCGCUCAAGGUCAUUCUCACCGCGUCGCAGAACUAGUCCCAGGAGGCGAAUCUCUCCAAGACGUAGGAGCCCUCCUAGACGGAGACCCCCCUCUAGGCAUAGACGUAGCCGUUCACCUGUCAACAGGCGGCGCUCUCGCUCCCGGUCCUCUUCUGGUAGUUCCUCUUCUCGGUCACCCCAUAAGAGAGUGGGGAAACGUGGGUCAGCUACCCCGCCCAGAAAACUUCCACGUCGCUCUGACCCCUCCAGCCCUUCCAGAAGACGAGGUCAUAGUCCUUCAAGACCCGACACCAGCCCUUCAGCUGUGAAGCUCAGGCCUGGUGGAAGAAAUGACUCUCGCUCUCCGUCCCCUAAACCAAGGCAGUCUGAUGCAUCAGACUCCGAGGAGGAGAAGGUGGGGAAAGAGUCAACAGCAGAUUCUGUCCAGCAGCGACGUCAGUAUCGCAGACAGAAUCAGCAGUCCUCUUCAGACUCGGGUUCAUCCUCUUCUUCUGAAGACGAAGGUCCGAGGAGGCAGAAUAGGGGGGCAGGUGCCAGGAAUGGAGAAUUCAGAAGGCGGCGUAGCCAUUCACCUGCAUCACCACGGAGAAGGCACAGAGAAGCAUCCCCAAGAAAGAGACGUUCUCCAUCACCUGCUGGCCGCAGACAUCGUUCACCUUCUCCUGUUCGCCGACGCAGGUCACCCUCUCCUCCCCCAAGACGCAGAUCUCCAUCUCCACCUCAUCGCCGCUUCACUCCCCCUAUCCAACGCCGAUACAGUCCCUCCCCUCCCCCUGCUCAAAAGAGACGCUCAUCAGGCUCUCCACCCAAGCGCAGAAGGUCUCCCUCCCCUUUGUCCAAGCGUAGAGGGUCUCCUUCACCUUUGUCCAAAAGGAGAGCGUCUCCUUCCCCCAUUUCAAAACGUAGAGGUUCUCCUUCCCCAGUUUCAAAACGCAGAGGAUCUCCUUCACCGGUGUCCAAACGCAGAGGAUCUCCUUCACCAGUGUCCAAACGCAGAGGAUCUCCUUCACCAGUGUCCAAACGCAGAGGAUCUCCUUCACCAGUGUCCAAACGCAGAGGAUCUCCUUCACCAGUGUCCAAACGCAGAGGUUCUCCUUCCCCGGUUUCAAAACGCAGAGGUUCUCCCUCCUCGGUUUCAAAACGCAGAGGAUCUCCUUCCCCAGUGUCCAAACGCAGAGGAUCUCCUUCACCAUUGUCCAAGCGUAGAGGGUCUCCCUCACCUGUGUCCAAAAGCAGAGCAUCUCCCUCACCCGUGGCCAAGCGUAGAGGGUCACCCUCUCCUGUGGCCAAACGUCGCCCCUCUCGAUCCCCGAAACGGAGUCGUGGCAGUAGUCCAGGAAAAAGACGUACUCCGCCCUCUUCUGCUUCACCCCCAUCCCGCCACCGUAGAAGUCCCCCUGCAGCCCGAGGCAGAGAUGCUCGUUCUUCUCCCCACAGCACUCGAGUGUCUUCCAGUCCUCUGCCCCGAUAUGGCCCCUCUGGUUCAUCCCCACAGAGACAAAGACGUCAGAUGUCUCCGUCUCAUAGUACCAGACCCAUUCGCAGGGUUUCCCGCACACCAGAACCACGCAAAUCUCAGAGAGGUUCUCAGAGCCCCCAGCCAGUAAGGAGGCAGGUUUCACGUUCACCAUCUGCUUCUCCUCCUCCUGCUCCAACAGCUCACAAGCGGCCUGCUUCUGUCUCACCUUCUCGCUCUGCUAGCUGUUCUCCACCUCCACCUGCCAAAAAGAACAGCAGCGUUUCCCCGAGCCCGUCACCUAACAAGAACUCUGAUGCUGAAGGUGGUAAGAAGAAGAAAAGGAAGAAAGAAAAGAAACACAAGAAAGAGAAGAAACACAAGAAGCAUAAGAAACAGAAAAAGGAGAAGAGUGGAGAAGAAAAGAGUGGAGGGGCGACAGGAGGACAGGAAGCAGAGCCAGAUUCUGAUCAGAAAAAGGAAUCAGAGAGUGAAGUAGAAGACAGUUUGGAUGAUCUGGAGAAGCAACUACGUGAGAAAGCUCUCCGCUCAAUGAGGAAGGCCCAGAUGUCCCCAUCAUCUCAGUCCUGAGGAAAUAUCCAUCACACCCCACAUCUCCCUCUUUCUCUUCCACUCUCUGCAUUUUAAAUGUUUGAUGUUGGUUCAGCUUUAGAAUGUACAGAUGUCCAAAUUCACCCUAGACUUUUGUUAGUUUGGAUUUUUUUUUGGCAUGUUUAUUGCUGAGGAGUUUUUUUAGAUGUGGAAAUGAUUGAGCAACUGAAAUUUCUUAAUCAGAUUCUGCCCUCCUUUCCACCCUUAAAUACUGUUGACAACUUUAUCCGAAAAACAAACCCCUUUUUUAUUCCCCGAUUCUCCCUUCCCCCAUAAUUCCUGUGUAGCUUUUAUGGUCAUGAUAAAACAAAUUGAAAAGCUUAUUUGCAGUUCUGAGUUAAUAAUGUACAAGUUAGCCUAUGAAUUCUCUUUACUUCAGCAGGACUUUUUAUGAGAGUUUUGUUUGUGUGGACAGCAGACCCCUGCGUGUUUGUCCUCUUGUGUGCAUGAUCAAUAAACCAAAACACCCAGAGAGCGGAUCCAGCAAGCUGCUCUCUCUGUUUAACUGAGCAUUGUGGCAGUGCUUGAGCUCUACUGUGCACUUGAGAACAAAUCAGUGAAGUCUGUUUUCGUCCUUUAUUUUUUUGCUUUAUAUUUUUUGUAACCUAAGUUGUGUUUGAAAUUGUUGGAGCCUGCAGUAAUUUCAGGCUUUGAACAAAGUCACAUUAAAAUUGAAAAAAAAAAAAAGUUUUUGGUCUCAAAUCCUUUUCUUUAAAUUGCAUAAAAAUGUUAUGUUUACAUCUGUAAUUUGUUGAUUUCCCAGAAUUGGCUAAAUGAGAAACCAAGCCAGUAUGAGAGCAUUACAUGCAUUGCAUUUGAGAUGCAUACAAGGCUGUUUUACAUAUGUUUUCUAAUCCAAUGUGGUCUAGAAGGUUCUUCGGAAAGCCUGUGGUGUUCCAGGUCUGGUGAUGACACAUGAUAAUCAACUGCUGUACAUGUGUUAUCUUGUCGUCACCUUGGCAACACUUGGUGACAAAUCUUCAGUAGCAACAAAUGAAAGCUCAGUGAGUUCUUAUUGUGUAGUGCAGUUAACAAGGACUGAUCUGAAAAAACAGCCCAAGGCAACAAUGUUUAUGCCCUGGUUGUUAUUUUAUAAUGCCACCUGCUUCCUAACUGGCCACAGGCAGCUGUGAGAAUACAUAGGUGUUUAAGAGAUAAACAUGAAGUCUGUCUUUAUGGCUGUCCCUAGAGGUCAGACUAAGUGAUGGAGAGCUUUGUUUCUGGAUCAGCUGUGUUUCUUUGUGCACUGUGCUGGAAGAUCAUUGUUCAUAACAAAGACCUAAACAGAGAUACUUGCUCGUUUUGUUUUUGCUUUGUCUAAUUUUGGGGUUUCUUUAAGGAACUACGAAGCCAAACAUGGCUAACCAAAUUACCUUCGCAAUUUAUGUUCGAUUAGUAUAACUUUUUCUCGGUUUAAAAAACAAUUAUGUAAAACUGCUAUUUUAACAACCACAUUUUUGGGUUUAUGAGAUAAUCACUAGUCAAAUCUAGAACUUGUACUAGUUUCUAUAUUUAGGCUGCAUGUUCUGUUAUGAUCUGUAGCAUUUUGUUGUUUCUUUUGUUCUAUUUAGAAUUGAAUGCAUGCUGAUUUUGCCAAUUACUUAUUAAAAGACAACGCCAUGUGCAACUGA